CGUUUAAUUAUGGCCAUUUUGAUGCUAUUGAAAAUAUUAUAAAGUCUAUUAAUAACGGAGAGUUUAAAGGAAAACGAGUAUUUGCUCAAUCAAAGCCUACAGAAAAACAACAAAAAUUGCAAAAUAUUCCAAAAUUAGUUGCAACAAUAUCUAUUAUUAAUCCACUUAUAAAAGUGACUGAAAUUCCAUUGUCUAGCGUCAAAUCUGAUUAUUCACAACUUACUUUUGGAUUUCAAAACAUUUUAUUCGAUGUGAACGGGGAUUAUACCGAUCUAAAUGAAUUGCCCGCGGCAAAACACAAACGUACAAUGUCUAGGCGAUAUAGCAAAGGUUGGGUUCCUCCAACGUUCUCUAUGGUAUAUAAUUUAGUUGCCGAUCUAAAGACCCAAAGAAUGAGAUUAUACACGCCUGAAAAUGACUUAAUACUUAAUCAUUCUUGGGAAAUUUGUUUCAUUAUGUCAGCCCUAGGUACUAUCACAAGCUAUAUCAAUAAAGAGAAAACAACAACAUUUGCUCCAUUAUUGGAGUUAGAAACGAUUCAACUGGAU